CAUUCGUAGUGCCUACCGCUCGCCUGGAGGGCUGUCAACGCAUUUGAUGCGCGAAAGCUAAAGGACUGCGUUAAAACUUUUUUGUUUCAUACUAUGCCUGUUCUUUUCCCGUGAACGUGUGUCUGCGUAUGACUGUCGACCGUAGUUUACGGAUAUUCCAGAGCGAUCCCAGAGUGGGCAAACGAAGGGGAGUAAAAAGUCACCAUCACAAUGAAAGCGAUUAACCUGGACACCUACAGCCUGUCGCUGCUCACGGCCAAAGAGGACAUUCUCAACCCCCGCUCGUCAACCAACUGGGCUCUGUUUAACUACGAUGGGGCGAGCAACAACCUCAAGCUCUCCGACUCUGGAGCGGGUGGCUUUUUGGAGUUGGCGGAGAAGUUUCACGCCAACAGGCCGCUGUACGGACUGUGCCGGAUGAGUCCGCAGGAGUCGGGACAGCGGCGGAUCGUGCUGAUCGCCUGGGUGGGGGAAGGGGUGGGAGAACGGCGUAGAGAUGAGUGCGCCAGCCACAUUCCCGCCAUCAAGGUCUUCUUCAAGGAGGCGAAUAUCUUCAUCGCCGCUACCCGCCCAGAGGACGUGACGGAGGAGAAGGUUAACAGUAUCGUCAGUAAGACAGCAGCCCCACCGGAGCGUCUGAAACGGAGCCCCCGGGCCGUGGAGAAGGAGGAGACUGUGGGAACAAACUACAGGAAGACAAAUGCAGCCAUGGAGAUGCACAGAAUCAACAGAGAGUCCUUCUGGGCACGUGCAGAGCGUGAGGAAGAGGAGCGUAAGGAGGAGGAGCGCCGGCGGGCCGCGGAGGACAGGAGGAGGCUGGAGAAAGAGAGGCUACUGCAGGAGCGCCGAGAGGAGGAGGAGCGGGACCGCAGGAUGGAGGAGAAACUGCAGCAGAUAGAGGAGCAGAGGAAACUGCAGGCCAAGCAGGACGCUGAGAUGCGGAAGCUCGAGAAAACUAAAUGGGAGCAGCAGCAGAGGGAGCAUGAGGAAGACAUGAAAGCUCGUUUCAGACGCAGCGAGUCCAUCGAGAAAGCAGCUGAGGCAGCAGCGCUCGUGUCUCAGCGCUCCAUGAAUCCGCGAGAGUUCUUCAGACAGCUGUCGUCCUCGUCGUCUACGAGCCCCGGCUCCCCGCGCACAGUGAAGCCUCCGUUCCGGCGGUACCAGCGCAGCCUGACGGACACGGCCUUCAUCUUCGGCCGCCCCGUCACCCCCACCUCCCCCCACCGCACCUCCCGCAGCCCCCCCCUGGGGUCCCCCUUCAGCCGCACCCCCACCUCGCCCUUCUGCCAGCCCCUCUCCCCCACCAGCCCCACCUUCCUGCCCUCUGUGUCCCCCCAGCGCUCACCCCCUGCCCCCGCCAGCCCCCCUGCUCCCUCUCAGCCUCUGCCCCAGCGCCCCCCCACCCGCCUGGACCCCCCUCCCUCUGCGCCCCUCCCUGACGCACCGGAGAAGCCCAACGCCCCUCUGACUCCGCCCCCGUCCCCUCCGGAGGUGUACGUGGCGACCCGCAUGCUGAGUGACCUGGAACCCGAGGCCGACCUGACCGUGCAGGCUGUGCUGGUGGACACCAGCAUCGCCUCGGUGGCUGAGGAAGAGGAGGAAGAGGAGAGGAAGCCGACGGAGGCUGAGCCAGCCUCUCCCUUGGAGGAGGGCGCGUCUCCACUCGCCGCCCCCCUCCCGAACGCGGGCGUCCACACAGAACCGGGCCGGUCCGAGGACGGGCCGGUCGCCGCAGUGCUCGUCAUGGCAACAGAGCCGUCCGACAACGCUGACCCUCAAGAGGAGGAGGAGGAGCCGACGGUGAUUGACAGGGAAGAGGCAGGACCGCCCGGCGGCUCCGAACCAAUGGGCUGUGCUCCUGGCGUGGCACCAAUCCUGAACAAGCAAGCUGAGGAGGAGGAGCCUGACGCUGUCAAUCAUCCAGACCAGAAGCCAAUCAUAACAGAGGAGGCUACAGGUGCGGGGGGCGUACAGGAAGUAGCUGAGCAUCCGACCAAUGGGAUGAGCCCUGAGGAACAUGGCAUCGAGGCUGUGGAACAGAACGGUACAGAGCGGUCCCUCAGUCCCUCUGAAACAGAUCUGUCUCCCUGUGCCCUGAGGCAUGAUGGGACAGGAGAUGACAUCAUCACCGAGCGCACAGAGAAUGGGGAAGAGGACUCUCCCGACCGGAAGGUGUGUGUGCGGGCUCUUUAUGACUACCAAGCAGAGGACGAAUCAGAGCUGUCCCUGGAGCUCGGUGACAUCAUCAGCGUCGUGGAGACCGUGGACAAUGCCUGGUGGAGGGGCUGCAGCAAAGAUGGCCGCCAAGGGCUCUUCCCAGCCAAUUAUGUGGAGACCAUCUAAGAGAGAGUAUCACAGGCUCCAGCAAUGCUCUUACAGGCAGACGGACAUUGACACACAUACACACACGUGCGCGUGCGCUCCCCUCCC